AUGGCCCCCAAGAAGGUGAAAGAGCCAGCACCAGUGACAGAGAAGUUCGACUGGAGCAGGACAGAGGGGCCACGAGCAGACGAUCCCCGCACGACAGGCCCCCCGUGUUACGGGGAACACAGGCCCCAGCCUCCAGGACGAGGCAGCAAGAGUGGAGCCAACAAAUGGGGGAUCUGGAAGGGAUGCGAGGAGUGUGGGCUUCGCCUUUCUUACACGCCAACGUGGGGGAGUCACGGCACUUAUCGCCAAGCAGGUCCCCUACCAGCAGACGUUCAAGCUCAAGUACAGGAGAAACAACCUCCAAAGGGCUCUCCCGACCUGAACAACAAGAAGGUGGCUCUGGACGCUCAGGAGCGUUCGUUGCAGAACAAGCUGAAGCAAGUUCACCAGGAGAAAGCUCAGUGGGAGGAGGCGCAGCGCAAGAAGGAUGCUAUGACGCCCCAGAAGAAGGAGACAGUGGCGGCAUCCACUUUGAAGAAUAUGAGGCCUGCGACUCCCCCGAGGAUGACUUCCCAGAUCGAGCCAAAGAACACCGUCCCUGGCCGCCAGUCAGAAGGUUCAGUGCCUUCCCAGAAGUCCGCCGCCCUUUGCACACAAGGGUAUGCACCGGAGAUCAACGAGGAGAUGUACCAGACACCAGGGCGCAAGACGAGGAAGGCGGCAGAGACAGCCGAGGAGAAGGAGUACUCCGAGAGGCAUCAGGAGGAGGACGGAUGGAGCACAGUGUCGAGCCCUCCGGAUCACAACCCGAAUUCGACUUCAGCAUGCAAGAGAUCUAUGGCCAGUUUUGCAUCAAGUGCCUCAGCCUUUGGAACCUAUGUGGACUUCCAGCACUACGAGUCCGCAACUGAUGAGGAUGAGAAAGGAUUGGUUUCCAAAGAGCUGAGAAAGCAGGCAAGUUUCACACCAGGGGGCAUUUUGCCAUCUGGAUCACCGCUUCGGAAGAAGCGCAAACAACCUGAGGAUGAGGAUGCAGCUGUGACCGACCGGUUGAAGCCUGAGGAGACUGCUUUCCUGGUGGAAGAAGUGGAGAAGUACCAGGACGCCAUUGAGGAGCUCUUUGUCACACUGAAUGUCAACGACCCAAACUAUAAGGUGCCGACCAUUUUGGAGCUAUGUUGCGAGGAGAACAGCGGCAUCACAUCGGCUGUGGAGAGCCGUGGCGGUCGUGGCAUUAGAUGUGGACUCUUCAAUGGGUGCGACUUGAACAAGAAGAGCGGCUUCACCAAGGCCUAUAACCUCAUCUCUCAAGAACGACCCGACGUUCUCUGGGUUGCUCUACCAUGUGGACCCUCUUCACCCAUCCAGAACCUCAACAUGCUCACACCCGAAGGGUACGAGGCUGUGCAGAAGAAAGUGGCCAAGUCAAAGAAGCUGGCAGCCCGAGCUUUGUCUCUCAUGGAGCAUCAACUACAACUGGGUGGUGAAGUGGCUUACAUCGACGGCUGUGCCUAUGGACUUUGUGCACCCGCCGGCGAUGGCCCAAUCAAGAAACCAUGGAAGCUGCGGAGUUCUACAAAGAGGAUUUGGCAGAUGCAGAAGCUUUGCAACUGCUCUCAACCACAUGUGCCCUGUGAAGGAGGAAAUCUCACUCGCCACACUGCCUUUUAUCCUCGGAAGAUGUGUCUUCAAGUUGCUCGGAUGCUACAAGAAGUUCACGUUGAUCUCAUGAACAAGGUCUACGCCUUGGACAUUCAGCCCGACUGCGACGUGGAUGUUUUGAAGCAGUUUACAGAUCAAGAGGUGCAGAAGACAGCGACGGAAGUCUUGAAACUCCAUCGCAAACUUGGACACCCCAGCAGGCAAGCUUUUGUCAAGAUGCUUCGAGAUCGAGGAGCAAGCUUGUUGGUCCGUACCCUGGCUUCAAUUGUUCAUUGCCAAGAUUGUCAAGAAGCUGCCAUCCCACCGUCACGACGUGCAGUGACGAUUGAAACAGCCACAGAACUUUGGGAGGUGGUUCAACUUGACAACAUGGAGUUCACAGUGGGCAAUGAGACUUUUCACUUUCAGGUCUGCAUCGACGAAGCUUCUGGGUACGGGGCAGCUACGUUUCUUUUCAAACAUCCAGUUUCUCAAAGCCGCAAUGCAACUACGAUGGAGUCCGUGGAGGCUUUUUACAAGGGUUGGAUACAGUUUUUCGGGUAUCCACGCAUCUUGAAGUUGGACAAAGAGGGCGCUCACCGAGGCAGAGAGCUAGAGGAAUGGGCAGAAGGCCAUGGACUUGAGGUCAUUGCCAUUCCAGCUGAAAGUCACGGCCAGAUCGGCCGAGUGGAGCGCUUGAUCGGCACCCUCAAGAAGAAGCUGCUAUCUCAUUUGAGAUCUUCAGAUGCAACACCUGAGGUGGCAGUUUGGUCCAUGAUUGGGGCCCACAACCACAUGACCAACGUUGCUGGAUACAGUCCUGCACAAUGGGUGUUCGGUCGCAACUUCAAUGAUGCGGAACGUCUUCAUGAUUCUCCAGACCUUCCAUACUGGUCAGGUAUGGCAAGCAAUGCUCGCAUGCAGCACAAGCUCCUUUGCAAGCUUGAGGCCGAGCGCAACCACCGGGAGAUCGAAGUCCGGGAGAAGAUGAAUGCAGCUUUGAACACACAAAUGACCAGACCUGUACGGUAUGAGCCGGGCGAUGUCAUCUUCUACAAGAGAAAGGUGGCAAGAUGGUAUGGACCAGCACGAGUCCUCGCCUUGGAGACCAAGAUGACCUACCAAGGACAUGUUCGACAGCCAAGUGGAAUCGCAUGGAUCAUUGCAUCUGGCAGACUGAAGAAAGUGGCAUGCAACCAACUUCGGCAUGCCAGUGAAAGAGAACGAUUGGUGGCUGAAGGAACCACACAGGUCACCACACCAUGGACUUUUCAAGAUCUUUCAGGCUUGAUUUCCAAGGGCGAGUAUGAUGACGAGAUCCUCACCGAGAAGCAGUUUCGAAAAGAAGCUCAACAAGUUCGACGACGAUGGGAAGAAGAUUCAGAGGCCCGACCGGGCCAGAAGCGUCAACUUUCGGAAGAGCUUCCUGAUGCUUCAUCAACGGGGCAUGCGACAUCAUCUGCUGCACCUGCAGGAGAUGCUACUCGGGUGAGAACUAUGUCUCCAGUUCGUGAAGAAGAAGCCAUCUUGGACUCUGAUGAGGAUGUUGCGGCAGAGGACUUGGAUUCUCGACACCAAGUUCCACAAGAGUGGGAUGCAGAACGUGUGAUGGAUGAUCCAGCACAUCAACCUUUUGGGGCGACUGCAUCAGGACCUUUGUUUCAACAUCCACCGUUCCUGGAAGCUCGACGACGACAUGAGAGGCUGGAGAGACCAUUUCAUGUACAACGCCAAGAUUUUCUUCAAGGCACUGGUGACAACAACUUCGUGGACUUUGAAGACUCUGCUGAGUUUGAGGCCACAGCCAUCAACUUCCUUGAGGAGAUCAACUUUGAUGACUAUGCCUUCGCAGUCACCUUGCCAACUCCAGCCAGUGAGGCUGAUUGGCGUGCUAUCGUGCGCGACCCCGCCAAGUUCACUGCAAAGAAGAUGGCUAAGGGAGUUGAAGUCUCUUGGCAAAAGUUGAACGAGGAGCAGAGAACAGCAAUGAAGGAAGCCAAGCAGAUUGAGAUUGAUGAAUGGUUAAAAUCACAAGUCUGCAAGGCUGCUCUUGGACCUGUUCCCGCAUCACGCUUGAUGAAGAUGCGUUGGGUGCUCACCUUCAAAGCCACGGAUGACCCGAAGACCGUCAAGGCCAAAGCGAGGUUGGUGGUUCUUGGAUUUACGGACCCCGAUCUCGGCGCUGAAGAUGUCAGGUCACCGACGCUGAGCCGACGGGGCAGACAAGCCCUACUGCAGCUUUCCAGCCAUCGAAAGUGGCAGACGUGGAAAGCCGACGCCAAAGCGGCGUUCUUGCAAGGAAGGUCUAGCCAAUUGAGGAGACAGAUCUUUGGAAUGCCUGUCUCAGAACUUCAAGAGGCAAUGGGCCUACCAAGAGGUCAGGCAAUCCAGUUCCUGAAGGCUGCUUAUGGACUUACAGUGGCACCACGCGAGUUCUACCUCCUUGUGGAUGAGAUCCUCCAAGGGCUACACCUUCAACGCCUCAAAACAGAUCCCAGCAUCUGGGUUCUCAAGACGGAGGACGAGCAUGGCAAGAUUCAGGUUCAUGGCGCUGUUGGCAGCCAUGUGGACGACUUCUUGCUCAUCGGCAGCGAAGAGAAUCCAGUUUGGAAUUCUUUUCUGGAAUCCUUUCGCAAAGCUUUGAGAUGGAGCCCAUGGGAGCGCAGUCCAAUGAUGCAUUGUGGAGUUCAUCUUGAACAAGAUCUACAUGGAAAUUGGCAUUUGAGCCAAGAGGAGUUUUGUCAGGGGAUCAACCAGAUCGAGGAGGAUGGCACCACCAAGGAGCUCACCACGAAUGAACGACAUCAAUGCAGAGCAGUGUUAGGCGCAGCUCAAUGGAGGUGCUACCAAACAGGUCCUCAGCAUUCAGCCAAGCUGAGCCAUUUACAAAGCCUACUUCCAAGAGGUGAUCGACAGACACUCAAGGACAUCAACAAAUUCGUCCGCGAGCUCUAUCACCAAAAGAAUGAGGGAGUUACUGUGUUUGACCUCCAGGCUGACUCCGACGAGGACAUCGUCCUGGUUGGCUGGACAGACGCAGCACUGGCGAAUCGUGUGGAUUUAACGUCCACUGGUGGCUACAUCAUUGGCUACGUGCACCGCGACAUGCUGGAACGCGGAGUCGCUGGACCAGUGAGUUUGGCAAGCUGGUCAACCCACAAAUUGCGAAGAGUGUGCCGAUCUUCGUUGGCAGCUGAAGCCCAGGCGAUGUCUGAAUGCGAGGCGGAGCUCUUCAUCAAUCGCAUUUUGUGGCAGGAACUUCUUGGAAAGAACGUGGAUCUUUCCAACCCAGCGACUACAGCAGCUCUCACCACAGCAGCUCUGGUCACGGACGCCAAGGCGCUCUACGACAUGUUGCAGCAGAAGGACAUACCCCAGAUGAAUGCCAAGGAAAAGCACACAGCUUUGGAGAUGCUGGGACUGGCUCAACACCUGAUGGAGCAGAAGACGAUCCUUCGCUGGUGCAACAGUGAUCAGCAGCUGAGUGAUGGACUCACCAAAACGGGAGCCCAAGACAAAGUAGCCAAGUUUUUGAACAAUGGCCAGAGAUGGAACUUAGUUUUCGAUUAG